GUGUGUGUACGCUAAGGAUAUACUGUAGCUUGGUGUUGGGCUUUGCUGGGCAGCAUCAGUAUUCACAACAAUUCUUCCACCGUUCAACGUAACCCUUCACUGUACAAAGCCUAAGAAUGUCCCCAAAAUAUCCGGUAGGUCCGCGCGAAACGAUUGGCGGACAGGAGCGUGAACGGCAGCAGUAGAGGCUCGGCCCAGACCCAGACCGCAUGUCACAUGCGGUGUACAUCGUCCAGCGACCCAACUACCCGUCGGUUGUUGUGUGUUAAGGACUGCCCGAAACGGUUCCCCAAAAUCCGGACAACCUCCAUACCAGCCAAAGAGAGCUAGCUAGCCAAAGAGAGCGUGUGCCAGAGAGAGAAAGAGAGAGAGAGAGCGCGUGUGAAAGAGCGACCGACCAGGUAAUCAUGUAUGGGUGCAAUCGUUGGAAAGCACCUGCAGCAACCGCAGCACGUGUACCGUGUUUAAAUCAAUUCAAAAUCCGCACCUUCAGCAGCAAUCGCUUCGUGCAGUAAAGGUUAGGUCCCAAGUUGUUGGGGACUGGGGCUUGAGACCUCGUGUCUGGUGAUAGUUCUUGUGAUAACUAGGCAUUGCUAGGCCUCAAACGUAGAGCUGUGUGUUCUCCAACCACACGAGGGGGGACUAGUCCAUCGGGAGGACCAUCCUUCCGUUUUCAUCUGAUCUGAGGCAGGAAGAUGUAUGUGGCGGUGUACAGUCGCGGUACCGGAGACGGGCUACAAUUCGUACACGGACGUAACCAUGCUCUCGUUGAAGGUUGAGCUGAAUCUUUGAGGAAAUCAUCACACGACCAAGCGAGAGAGAGAGAGAGAUUGAACGACAGAGAGACCGAGAGUGAUAAGAAGAGUAUAUCGAGCAGGUGCGAUAUCUGGAUGCAAGUACCCAUCUGUACCGCGUGAGCAUCAAACCGGCCAGCGAGAGUCUGGUCGCUCUCAGCGUGCCAUUAUCCCGACGCUUGGUGGUAGCCGUAGCUGUGCCCCCGUUGGAGCGUGAGCGGUGACUGCACCAUUAUCAUCACCAUCAGCGUCGUCCGGCUUGAUGACCAGCAGCGCACUGGAGGCGGACGCAUUCUAGAACGCUCAGACAGGACACUGCCGGUUAGCGUGCCAUCAGUCAGUCACGCGUCGGCAAGCAGAGAUAAGCGAAGUCGAUAACCACUAGCCACUCGGACACGGCUGUAACGCUGGUCCUGGGUGUUCGGUACCGCAACUACCUAGAACGAUCUGCCCGGAGCACGUAGUUAUAGUGCGAGUGCGGUGUUAGAUAAUACACACCACGGUCUGCGGCAGGUAGACCAAAAGCCAAAGGUCGUUCAGGUGGGCGACGCACACACACACACGCACCUCACCGUGGAGUCUACGCCAACGGUCGAGCCGGUGGCGAUGGCCCCGGAACCGGUUCCGACGACCAACGGUUCGUCUGACACCACGGCCGGGACCACGUCCAGCGGAUCGACGACACUGCUCAAGCAGGUGCACCGUAUGCUGACGCCACCAGCCGACCUGCUCGAAUGGAAGGAUAUGCCACAGCAUCUGCAGUUUAACCCGUACGUGCUCACCGGGUACCGGCCGCUGCAGGGUGUGAAGGGUUGCCUGAGCAGCCUGUUCUACGUACACAAUGAAACCAUCAAUAUUCUUACACACGGCAUUCCAAUUGUCUACAUCCUGGCAACAGUGCCGGCAAUGAUGCCAUGGGAGAAAGACUAUCGCUUUCUGUCGUGGUGUCAUCUGGUCGGUUCCGUUGCACCGUGGUGCGGCAGCUUCGUCUACCAUCUGUUUAUGAACCUGGAGAACGGCGAGGGCAUCUACUACCGGUUGCUGCAGCUCGACAUGCUCGGCAUAUGGAUCAGUCAGAGUUUCGGAGCGCUACCGAUGGUAACGGCAACGGUGUACUGUUUAAACUUUCCAUUAAAAUGGCUGCUCAUCAUUUCCUACUCGCUGCUGUGUAUCUGGGGGCUCUUCAAGGCAAUGACGGCUUCAUCACCUUGGCAGCGACGGUUAUGCUUUCUGCUGCCGUUCAGCAUGCGAAUCAUGCUCACGUUGCUGCGAAUCUCGAAGCUCGGUGGCGGCAAUCCUACCUCACUCACCCACGUCUUUCUACAGGAUGCCGUGUCUGCCGUGGGUGGAGUAAUUGGAGCGAUGCAUAUCCCCGAGAAAUGGUUUCCCGGAAGUGUUGACAUCUAUUUGAACUCGCAUAACAUCAUGCACGUCCUGGUGGUUGUUGCCGUUUACUCGAUGCACCAGGCCACCAUACGGGACAUCGAGUGGAUGCAGCGAGCAGAGUGUAAUGGACUCAACUAUACCUCAACGCUAAACAUAGACUCGUUAAACGGGUCACAUCUAGAGCUAUGACUUGCACCGACAGCAACCACAGCAGCAGCAGCAGCAGCAGCAUCAUCAGCUCAACAGUGUGCUCCAGCCAUUCCGGUGCUGAACGCAGAGCGGGCAGCACUAUCAGCAAACGCUGACCAUCACGUACAGCCCGUGGUCCGUCAAUUCGAGUCAAUAUUCGAGUCGAUCAAACCGUUCGAAACGGUUGCGAUUUGUAGCGUGUUUGAAGUGCGCCUUUCGAUAAACUAAUUUAGACCAGUCGUCCAAAGCAAACACGAAGCGAUGAGUAGCGUACGUAGUAGGGCAGCCAUACUCGCUGCUAGGUAAUUGGUAAUUAAUUGUGCAAAAACCGCAAGCCACCAGUAGGCCAGCCAGCAACAACAUCCAGACACCCGUUUAGGCUUCCUCAACAUACAUACACAAACACAUACAGUUCUUACCACACCAUUUACGUCAGCCAGCUAGAAGCAAGAACUAGACAAAAACGGCAAGACAAGAGAGCAACUACACCAACUUUACUCCAAGCACCUUGAGUACGCUUGCCGAUGCCAUAUAUUUAUAGGAGGCUACCACAAACCAGGAACUGCGCUUCCCUUUCGCAUUGCUCUAGUAAGAAAGCCGACUAUUCCGAGGACCGUUCACGGGUCUCGUCUCUUCCGUUUUGCCCACCUAUUGCACAGAACACACAGAACUUUCGACACGUGAGUGAUCGAGUGAGGUGCCUGAACGUGAAGUUUAUUUUUUUUUUUAAGAAGAACUACAGUGAACCUUACAACAGAGAUACAAUACAACAUGAAACCCCGAGAAUUUUGUAACCGGUGGACUGAGACCGGUGAAACGAUUUCAGCCACCUGUAGUUUGCUGCUUGCUGAGCACUGGAUCUAUUCUCUCUUAGCUCCAGUAGACCCUGGCUGCUGAUAGUAAGGGGGUGGCCGAGCGGAGAUAACAAUACGUCACAGAUGCACCUGAACCAGAUGGUACGCGGUGACACUAGAAGGCUCCGUAAUAAUACAAUACUAUAGGCAUACAGUAUAUGUUGCAGCCUAGCGAUGCACGGACGGUGGAGUAGAAUACCUUGAUUGCGACUUAUUACCAGUAGAUAGAACAAAAUUGAACACAAUUCCUUGUUGGAUGAUGCGCAUCUGUAUCGCCGUCAACGCACCGUACAUCUAGAAGCAUCACACUUAGAGCGUAGCUUUCCUGCGACUGUUGUUCCGCAUGCGUUACACUGACCGUGUUACACUGAAGGUGUCGGAUGUCCGAACGGUUAGGUCUUGCGGUUCAACAGGCUGGGAAGACUCUUUCCCUUUCCCCCCCUGCUCCCAGGGGUUUUUGGCUAUCUUUGACCAGUUUGACGAGGUGUUUGUGCGGGCACCGCUAGCCCCUCUCUAACCAGUCACCGGAUAUUCUUGCCGAGUACCUGUGGCCUGCCGGGUGCUCGUCGCUUUCGUCCAGGUGUACACUCCUUCGUUCAUCGUACCUUUUUAAAACCCCGUAGGAUACUCUAGCUAAGAAAACAAAGAAGAAGAAGAAGAAACACUGUUACGAAAGGCUGUUUAAGUAUUAAUUUCCUCCCCCCCCCUACAACAGCAACAACAACAACAAAAUGCUCUUUAGCGUUAAGAAUAGACGUACUACACUACCUGGUAGCGGGCAAACACACAUGACGCGUUGCGGCGUUUAGCGAUGAACUGUAUUACACGCAAGAAAAACUAAAACUAAAAAUAGCUAACAAAGAAGUAGAUGUUUGAUGACCAGGGCCCAACACACUAUCGUACUGGUUUCCUUCCCAAGCCGCUGGACCCGUUCGGUUUUCACGCUUCAGAAUCGGCCGUGCUUCUCGGGUUGGCCUAGUUUCUUCUGUUCCUGUGACCCUCGUGUUACGGGGAACUGGAUAUCUGUGAUCACUACGUUUGACAUUAACUUGAUAGCACGCUGAUCUUUCCGAUCUUUCCAGCAUGUGUCUGUGUGUGUGAGUGUUUGUGUGAUUCGUCGAAUCAGCGAACUUCACUUUUACACACACACACACACACACACAGACAUACCAAAUGUAUGGCUUUCGUUUUGGGGUAACAGCUCAGUGCCGAGAGCAUCAAGACUGGAGCCACUUGCUUACUCGUAUACGACUAACCAUACGGACAUUGUAUCGGAUUUGAUAGAUAAGGUCUAACCUUACCCGUCAAAUUCCGUACAAAGUGUAUAAGACUAGUCGUAUACGAGCAGUGACUCCAGCCCACAUGGGCACGAACUGUAGGUGUAGUUACGAAGAGUAAGUUGGAUUGACGUGUAAAAAAAAUUUGGCUGAUGCCAUCCUUCCCAUUCUGCUCCUGAGAUACCUCCGACUGCUUGUCAGGAUAUCCUUUCCGUACCAGUGGCGGAUCUAGCCAGACAACCUACUUCGGCUACCGCUUAUAAGUAGCCUCCAUAGUAGAGGCCUCGAGUUGGGGGUCUAGUAUACAUGGCCUCAUAUAAGGAGCUCCGUAUGAAGGACCGCGCCGAAAGUUGUCCAAAAAUUGUUCUCGCACACACAACUCGGCCAGCAGAUCUCUAGCAGCAAGCAGAAAGCAAGCUUCAAGGUACCAGAUCCGCCACCGGUCAGAACACAACAAGAAACCGAAAAAGCUUUAUUAGCUAUUAGCUGUAUUAGGUGACAUGUUAGUCACAAAACCGAGCGUCACAUCACCGAUAGCACCCAGUGACAUUGGUGACAGAGUUUUUGCACUUCUGCAGCGGUAAAAUAGGGCACGCACUGUAGGGCUUCUGGCUGGCCUUCUAGUUGCUCUGAACUAGUUUGCUUGACACGUGCAAUUCUUACUCAACCAUAGCUAUUUAAGUUUUACUAGCUCCCAACAGCUCCACUUUCCUUCCCUCCCCCCCUUCCUCCCCCCUCUCCACACCACUAGCGUCUCGUUAAACCCUCAGAACUCACCCCUCAGGCAUAUCCACCCCAAAAACUAAACAAAAGAAAACACUACUGUGCAAUGUGAUAUUAUAUUUUUCGCGCUUUAAAGUGUUUUUGGUAGGGUUUUUCAGUUACGUUUUGGUUUUUUCCGUUCUUCCCCUUUUUUUUUGAAGUCGCUGCUGCAGAGGAGAGCGAAUGGAAGGAUGGCCGAAAGGCUGCAACGCAUCCGAAUGCGGAUGUGACCAAUUAUGGAAGGACAAAUUUAGGCAACAAAAAGAUAAAAAAAAAUUUGGGAAAUUUUGGGAAAAUUUAAACUAAACGAAACCCGGAUGAUGAAGCGUGUUUUGGAAUGCGUCAUUUCCCAACCCGGGAUAGUAAAAGCGAACUUUAACACAAAAAUUCAAUUAAGCUGUAAAAUGAGCUUUUUUGGCGGAGGGGUGGGUGAGGGGGGGCCGGUCAACCAGUAACAAACCAACUCCCCCCCCCUCCCCCCCCCCGGAAACCGAUCCCGGUUUGUUAGAGAAUUUUCCGAAACAAAGGCAAAGAACGAUGUCGUCACUCACACGACGUCACAAUUCCACGGUGAGCUUUCCCGUACUGGCUCGACCUGCACAGCGUAACUCUCGUAACUAGUUAAACGUUUAUCACCGAUCCAAAAAAAAAAAGGUACCGAUACUGUUUGCUUCCUUCAGCGUUAUUUGUAGCGAGAAAAAGAGAGAGAGAGAGAGAGAGAGAGAGAAAGAGCUAUAGAACGAGAGAGAGAGCGAGUAGAAAGAAAGAAAAAAACACAAGCAGAAUAACAUAUUAAUUAUAACCAAAUUAAUAGAAAUUUAUACAUAUGUAAAACUCACACACAGACACACACAAUUACUUCAAUAUUAACACAAAGAUACAUGAGUGCGUAAUGCGAAUCGUAAAUGCUAGAAGAAAAAAAACAGAUUCAAAAAAAUGUGCGUUGACCAACCAACAGGAGAACUCCAAAAUACUAAAUCACACACAUACAGACACAGACACAAAGAGAUACUUUAAUCAAGUUUUUGGAUUUUUCGAUCUAAAACUUGAGCAUCGUACAUCAUAUAAUCUAAAGGGACUUGUUUAAGUGAGUUUAGGCAAAAAGAAUAUGAAAGAAAUAAAGAAAAAAAAGAAGCCCAAAACAAACUGUAGGAAACCUUCCAUUGAAAUAAAGCAAUAAUAUAUACAAAGUACACAUAAA